CUAUCUGAAGCAUGAACUUGACGUUGUCUGUUUUGCCUGCUUUAAGUGAAUGCACUUCCUUCUUUCGGAUCACUUGCAGAGAUGUGGACGAUGGUUACUACCUCGCUGCUUGUGAGCGCGCUUGCCAGCGUCUUAUCGGCAGCAGAAGUGUUUCGGUUCUCUUCUUAUUAUGGGAAUCACAUGGUUCUCCAGAAGGCCCCAGCCAAAGCGGCCGUGUGGGGAUUUGGACAGACAGAUGCCACGGUCGUUGUGUCAUUGUCAGGAUCUAACAAAGUUUCUGAAUACUCUAUUAUUGUUAUCAAUGGUAUUUGGCGCACAACUCUAGAAGCUGUGGAGGCUGGAGGUCCCUACAAAUUAACUGCAUCUCAGAGCAUAACCAACAGCUCAGUCACACUCACAGAUGUGCUCUUUGGAGACAUCUGGUUAUGUAGCGGACAAAGUAACAUGGCCUUCACUGUUGGUCAAGUGAUCAAUGCAACAGAGGAGCUGGCCUUGGCUCCUAAUUUCACCGACGUGAGGAUCUUCCAGGCUGCCUUGGAGCAUAGCGACGAGGAACUAAUUGAUCUCGCAAGAGUGGAAGUUCCUUGGUCCCUACCAACAGCGGAAUUGCUGGGAGGGAGGAAAUUCAGCCAUUUCUCUGCCGUUUGCUGGCUCUUUGGUCGCUAUCUCUACAAAACUCUGAAGUAUCCCAUAGGACUAGUACACUCAAGUUGGGGAGGCACACCUGUGGAGGCCUGGUCGUCCCCAAGAGCACUUUACAAGUGCGGACUGAUGAACAGUAAUUUCCUAGUACAAACUAGCUUCCCGGAGAGUGUCUCUGCUCGAUGGAACAGUUCAGUGCUCUGGAAUGCCAUGAUCCAUCCAUUACUCAACAUGACCAUAACAGGAGCCAUAUGGUACCAAGGUGAGGCUAAUGCGAACUAUAACAGGGAUAAAUACAACUGCUCUUUCCCCGUGAUGAUUGACGACUGGAGGAUGACUUUCCAUGAAGGCUCAGAUGGCCAGACUCCACUAGACUUCCCAUUUGGAUUUGUACAGCUAAGCACAUAUCUCAAAAACAAUCCACGAGAUGGUUUCAGAGAAAUACGCUGGCAUCAGACCGCAGGCUAUGGCUAUGCCCCUAAUGAGCGCAUGAAGAACACCUUUAUGGCUGUUGCUGUUGACCUGCCUGAUGAUGGAUCCCCUUGGGGCAGUAUCCACCCAGAGGAUAAACAGGAUGUGGCAUACAGACUUGUGCUCGGGGCAAGAGCUGUCGCUUAUGGGGAGAAGAAUGUGUCUUUCCAAGGACCUUUCCCUUCUCGGGCGGUACUCAAACAGGAUUUUGUUUGCAUUGUGUUCGAUCAGGGUAUUAAUGUCAUAGCCAGUGGUGUUUUUUUUGAGAUCUGCUGCUCUGAGGAUAAGGCGUGUGAAUCAGAUGAUAAAUGGGCGCCUGUUGUCAUUGUAAAACAUGACUUUGAUUAUGUCCAUGUAUCUACACCAAAAUGUCCAGCUGCUGAUAUUACUGCAGUGCGUUAUCUAUGGACGGACUGGCCUUGUAAUUUCAAAGCCUGCCCUAUCUACAGCUCUGAUGGACUCUUACCUGCACCGCCGUUUAUCCUGACUGUAACAAAACAGUGACCAACUAUAGUAUACUGAAAAAUCAGGUUUAGAAAAUAUCACUGAAUAUCAUAUAGCAGUGAUUUCAAUCUCAGAAUUUCGUUGAUAAAGUCUGAAUUAAGUGUGUAAGACAAAAUAAAACAAUAAUUAUAUUAAUUUGUAAAAUAUACAAAGUGUUUAUGGAGAGAGAUUUUUGAAUGCAUUCCAGUACAUUUUUUGGAGUUUGCACUUUAGAUGUUCCCUUUUGUGAAAUGUUACUUUGUUUACUUUUUAUGUGACUUGAAAUUAAACAUCUGAGGCUGAGUUUUGUCACCGUAUGAUAAAACAAAAGCCCCCCAAAAGACACUCACAGGAAACCAGAUACGUCUUCAUUUUAGGAAACGCUGCUAUAAAACGUUGUUUUCAGAAAGGCACUGCUGAUUAGAACCAAUUAUAAUAGAAAAAAUUAUAUAAAAAAAUUAUUGCUUUUAAACGAUUAAUGAUAUCCAGAAUAAAGGUUUUAGCUUAAAUAGA